GAAACAGAACUCGAGUUUUCUUCAGUAAAAAUCAAAAUGGCCCGUACCAAGCAAACUGCCCGCAAAUCCACUGGUGGAAAGGCUCCAAGGAAGCAACUAGCCACUAAGGCUGCAAGAAAGUCAGCUCCGGCUACCGGAGGAGUGAAGAAGCCUCACCGUUUCAGGCCAGGAACUGUGGCUUUAAGGGAAAUCAGGAAGUACCAGAAGUCUACUGAGUUGUUGAUCAGGAAGCUUCCAUUUCAGAGGCUCGUGAGGGAAAUUGCUCAGGAUUUCAAAACAGAUCUGAGGUUCCAGAGCAGUGCUGUGGCUGCUCUACAAGAGGCUGCUGAGGCUUACCUCGUUGGUCUCUUUGAAGAUACCAAUCUCUGUGCAAUCCACGCCAAGAGGGUCACUAUCAUGCCCAAGGAUAUUCAGCUUGCUAGGAGGAUCCGCGGAGAAAGGGCUUAAGAAGAAACUUUUAAUGGUUAAAGUGAAUUAGGGUUUAUCUGCUAGGUUCAGUGAUGUAAAUCCUAAUAGAUAGUUUUAGUUGAACUAGGUGUAAACUGUUUGUUUACCAGUUUCUGGAUCUGAUUAAUGAAAAUUUGUACUUUUUUUAAAAAUCUAAGAUCUUUCCCUUACUUCUGUACUGAUGAUUCCAAAUUUCCAAUGAUUAAUGAUUUAAGUAAUACAUAGUAUUUGAUGA